GAUAUCUCCAGACAAAGGGAGGAUAUCUCCAGACAAAGGGAGGAAAUCUCAAGACAAAGGGAGGAUAUUUCGCGUCAGAGGGAGGACACGCAUCGUCAUAGGGAGGAGAGGCACAUGACGCCACCCUCUCAGCACCCAUCUAGCGGCAACAUGCAGUCGCAUAGACAGGACUCCCGGGGGUCCACCCCUAGCCCUGUUCCCGGAAGGCACUACACCAGCCAAGGUCAAGCCUAUGUGCCAAACUCGGUGUACACAACAAGGACGUCAUAUCGCUCCCAAAUGUACCCAACUUUCUCCCAACGCAGCCAAAGUAACUCAUCAAAUAUGUCAGAAUACGACAACAUUAGGAGCCCUAGUCAAGAACAUGGUCCCGGCCAUGUGUAUCACAUUAACACAGCAAGAACUGGACGCUAUGAUAGUGCCGAUGAGUUGAAAACCCCAACCCCCAUGACCCCUGAUCCCUAUGGUAGUGGGGUUGAUGUGUUUAGUGAAUCUGAGGUGUCUAGUCGCGACAAGCGUAGACAUCAACAGCGUACCGCAAGUCUAGAUAGAGCAUAUAGAAGAAGCAAUGAAAGUUCUUCUAGUGUAUCAGAUGUUGAUAGAUACGGAAGUUUAGAUCGAAGGGGAGAUAUUGUCAUGCUCUCUGAGCUUACCCCAUCAAGAUUUGGCUGCAAACGUGACUCUCACGCAGAGCCAGGGGAUGAACCCUCACAAUCACAAUUAAGCCCUAUAACCCGGCACUUUUCAGAUAGCAGUGACUAUAGUGACCCUCGUACCCCAACAAAUAUACCUCAGGAUGACAGGCCAAGGAGUCCCAGGUACAUGGGUCCCCUACCUGGACAGAUAAGCUCUGGUUAUUACCCAUCAGGUCCCAAUUGGUAUGACAAUAGAGGCCCACAUGUCUCUUCCAGUAGGGACUCAUCAGAAUCUGGAGACUAUAGUUAUAAACCUAGAUUUAUAGCAGACACGCCAACACCUCCUAUGGUUAAACAUUUGCCUGCUUAUUCAUACGAUUCUAAGGAGUCCUCAAAUAUACCAGCAGCCCCUCCCAGAGGGACCUCUUCUCAACACCACUCUAUUGCAGUCAAAAACUAUGGCCUAGAAACAUCAAAACCAUUUGAAAUGGCCGAUGUGUAUAAAUAUAGUGAAAAAUUUAGGAGGCAACGGAGUAAUGAUCAAUAUGACAGUGAGGGAGGGUCAUCUCCAAAUUUAUCUCGGCAUAUGCCUCCUUCUCCUCAAGUGGCCAGGGGGCGUAGAUCGCGGUCACCCUCCCCCUAUAGACAAUCUCCCCAUCAGGAAACCCCGGGGUCCCCAUAUCAAGUCAGGCGGCCAAUUCCAGCAGACAACUAUGGAAGUAGUUCCAGACCUCAAUACAGCACACCACAAAGUGUUCAUUCGCCACAUGGAAAUAGUGCCUAUAAUAGCCCCCAAAACCCUCAGUCCACAUACUCGACCCCUCAAGGUACACAAGGCAGUCACCAGGGGGCGUACCAACAUCCACAAUCCAAAGACAGCGGGAAAAGUAAUGGACCAUAUAAUAAUAGGUCAGUAGUGAAUGGGAGCAGCUAUUCUGGAAAUUAUCAGUCUGGAGUAUUCUGAUAACUGGUUUUACUCCCUGCCUAGAACAUUCUGAUCACUGCCUACACUCCCCCUGCGCUAUAUGUUUAUAGAUGUUGUGUGUAUUCGCAUUUAGAGCUGGUUUCAUUGUCCCAUGAUUCUCUGUUUAUGAGUCACAUCAACAUUUGAUAGGUCAAUUGAGGUCAUGUGUAUAAGGAUAUACAAACCUCCUGUGUGUCAUUUCAGGAUUGUUAUCAAAUCCUGUCAAUUUAAAAAACUAAAUACUAGUAGAAGGGAAGGAAUUCGAUUUCCAAAUAUAGAAAUCCAUCAUGUCUACUUCUCUGUCGACAUUUUGUUGACAAGAAAUAUUUGACAACAAUCCUGAAAAUAAACUGGUCUAGAUAUUUGAAUUUGCUGUGUACUGCUCUGUGUAACAUGUCUCUCAUGUUUCUCUAAAAUGUGUAAUAUCAUAAGGAUUUGUAUUAUUUUUAAUCUAUAUUUUAUGAGUUGAUAUUAAUUUUGAUUAUUUUAUAUUUUCAUUGUAAUAAAUGCUUUAAUUGCAAAACUGCAAAAAAGACCAUAGCACCAUCACUGCAAAGUUUAUCUAUUUUUGCUUCAAGCUUAUGUUUUAGUUUCUAUUCACUUUUUGGUUUGUUUAGAUCACACCUAAAGGACUGUUUCAUAUGUUUCACACUAAUUUCAAUUUUGUUAACUGGAUUGGAUGGGGUGGUUAUAGACUGAUUUAUUGACUCUUUAAAAGUUUGAAUUUUUAUCAUUUGAAAUUUUUACUUCCGAAAGCUAACAAUGAUGGAUAGAGGAUAGUGAACUACCUAACAAAAUGAAUUACUUAAAUAUUAGUGUGGAACUUUUGAAACAGCCCCUUGUUUAGUAACUUAUUUUAGUGAUGAUCUGAUAGCUGAUGUACAGUCCUGCACACAGCACUUAAGAAAUAGCUCUAUUUUACCAGGUGUAAUAGCUGCUUCCUUGGAUAUGUAUGCAAGACUGUAUAUUUUAAUGUUUUGUUGUGGCAUUAUAUAGUUCCUUACAAGUACUCCUGUUAAGGAAACCAGCUGGUCGAAAUUACUUUAUGGACUGGUUGGAAUGUAGUUUUCUUAUUCAAAAUGGGAAAUUCUAAUGUCUUGUUUCAAAGGCUACUAGGCAAUGACUUAAUUGUGUUUAAUGCCAAUAAAGGGCCCUUGAUAAUAUAUGUUUAGUUGUGAAACGAACUUAGUCCUGAAAAAAUAAGAGAAGUAACAUCACAACUUAUCAGUAAUUUGAUUUUGACCAGCAGACAUUCUUUUGGCAUACCUGUUGUCACAUGUUGCUGCAUAAUCUCAUUUUCGAUUUCAAAUUUAAAGUCCCGUAAUAAAGUCUCCUAAAUUAGGACAUAUUUUAAUAUCAACACAUGUUGUCUAAUGGAUGAAAUUCUGGUUGGGCUCUUGGGUAAUUUAUGAAUAGAAUGAAUUUGAGUGAUUUUGGAAUAGUUUUAUAUCAAUGCUCAAUGAAUGAAUCAGUUACUGGACAUUACUGUCACAGUUUUAUGUUUUGCCUUAUAUACAAUAUUCCAAGUUAUGUUUUCAAAUACUAAAAAGAGUGAAAUUAUCUUGUGAUAAUCUAAAGACAUGUUAUCAAUAUGUUCAUUUUUGUAGAAUUGAGAGCUAUCAGGGACUUAAUUUCAAUAUUUUCGAGAGAUUGUUGUAGCAUAUGUUGAGAUUCAAUUUCUGAGUAUUGUCUU